CUUCAUUUCUUUCUACUAACUUAGAAAACUUGUAAUUUCCACUAGUGCUAUUCUCCAACGACCUUUGCCUAACCAAACCACUACAUCCUUGCUCUAAACAGUUUUGCAAAAAAAAAUACCUGUGUUAUACAAUGAGUUACACAGAAACGAAUGCAGACGCUCUAGACGACGAUUUAGAAUAUCAAGUUGACACUUCUUCAGUAGAAUCAGAAAAUGAAGACCAAGCAAUUGCCUCGUCUCAUCACAACGAAGUAAACCAACUUCCUUCAGAGACUUCUGAAGCUAAAAAGAACAAGCGAAAACGCCAACGUCAAAAACUGAAAGAGAAGAAAAAGCAAAAAUUUGGCACUACCGAAAGCAAAACCAAUGCUCUUGCUCACUCUCCAGAAAUAUUGUCAGACUUUAUAAACAACCAAAUACGCAACAACUUCAAGGACCUUUCUGCUGUUGAAUUACAAGAGAGAUUCAUCAAAUCUUCCUAUAUUCAAGAUACAAUUGACUUUCCCCUUGAACGUGAGACCGUUAACUAUCCAGAAUACGUAUCGUACGCUUUCAAAAAAUUAAAUCAAGAAAACCAGUUCAACAAGGUCAACUCAAACGGUAGUCCGACAACCCUUAUUUUUUGCCUAUCCGCAUUACGGGCUCUCGACAUCGUCAAGGCCCUUAGGAAACUACAAACAAAAGAUUUUAAGAUUUCAAAACUUUUUGGAAAGCAUAUUAAGCUUGACGAACACAACGAAUACUGCAAGAACAACAAAAUUGGUAUAGCUGUUGGAACACCUCAACGUAUACUACAAUUAUCAAAUGGUAGUCUCAACUUUGAUCACUUAAAAUACGUUGUUUUGGAUUAUACUUUCACUGAUAAAAAGUCCUACAAUAUCAUCACCAACAACGACUGCAAGAAACCUAUCAUGGAGUUUUUAACUCACCCAUCUUUACUUCAACGUCUAACAGAUAAGACGACCAAAAUAUGUUUUUACUAGCUUUCCUUCGUCGUUUUCUUUACUAUGGGUUUUUGGAUAUAUAUUUAGACAUAUACAAUAUUAUAACACAAUUGCAUAAAUCAUUGUUUAG